AUUAAUUUACCAACAGAUCUGGAUAUCUUGAGAUAUUAUUUUUACUUAAGCGAACGUGCAAAAACAGAACAAAAAAAGUUUUCUUAUAAACAAUUCUCUAAUCACGUAACAGAUAGGUUGGUUGGAAUUUGGGAAAAACUUGGUAUGGAAAUAAUUUCAAAAAAAUAUGUUGCUGUUAAAUUGAAUAGAUUGGUUGACAAAUACCAAGCCGAAAUUAAGAAGACGAAUAGAGACCUUUUAGUGUUUACCGGUACUCUGAACGAAAUUUUUUAUAUUGGAGCAUGUAAAUGCGAUUUGACGGCAGCUCAAUGUAACUGCGGUUUGGUUCCAGAACGCCUCAAAGAGUUUAUGCACGAUCAACAUAAACAGAGAAGACUAACAAUUGAUGCAUUUCUGAUGGAAUUUGAAGAGCAAGAAAAUCGUCAUCAAUGCCAACAAUGCCAACAUACGAAGAUCCCGAAGAUACAACAUACGUAGACGUACCGAUGACGGUUGAUGAAGAUGUUAUGAAUAGAAGCACAAGUUCACAAUACACAGAAAGAUACGAUUGUUUUAACUUUGCCUUGAUGUGUGACAGAUUUGGUGUGUCUGAUAGAGUAGCGUCAGCAUUGGCAACCAGUCUUUUCAAAGAUUUUGAAAUGAAAGAUCAGCAUGGCGAACCUCUCAUCAUGGAUAAAUCGAAAGUUCGUAGAGAAAGAGAGAAAUGCAGACGAAUAGUGCUCCGCAAAAGGUUUGAUGAUUCCAGUUUAAUAGCGUUUUCAUUCGACGGCAGAAAAGAUGAUACUUAUACGAGAGAAAAAAUUGAUGGUAAGUAUCAUAGUAGGAUGGUAAAAGAACCUCACCUUGUUAUUUUGAGAGAACCGAAUUCUCGAUUGAUUGGUUACGCAAGACUGGUAGAGGAAAGUGCUGAAUACAAAACAACAAAAUUGAAUGAAUUUUUCAACGAUAAAAACAUAUCUCUGGAUGCAUUGAUUGGCAUAUGCACUGACGGUGAGCCAACAAACACUGGCACACACGGUGGAAUUAUACGAAGAUUCGGAUUGCUGCUAAAAAGACCAUUGCAUUGGUUUGUUUGCCUUCUACACUUCAACGAACUUCCGUUUCGACAUUUGUUUGGGGUUUUGGAUAAAUCAUCCACCACUGGACCAACAUCAACAACCGGGAAACUAAGCAAGCAAAUUGAAAAUUCUGAAGCUCUUCCGGUGGUAAGCGACUUUCAGAGAAUUGCGUUGGAAAAUAUGCCUCCUGUUGCAGAACAGCACGAAUAUUCCACCGAUUCGCAGUACUUAUACGACAUGGCACAUGCAAUUUCUAAUGGCGCGGUUUCUGUGGAUCUGGCAAACAUUAAACCAGGGAAAAUUCCCCCUACAUCGCCCACUCCGUCAUCGGCAGUGUUCGGCCGCAUUCGGGGUUUCGACUUUCUGCAGAGCCGAGCCAAUAGUCCGUUGUAG